GGGUUAGGCUCCGGCUCUCCCCGACCCCGUAUGGGACGAGCGGUUUCAGAUGAUGUGUAUGUUGGUUGUUGGUGUGUGUGAUGAAACUUGAACUGACCGCUGCUGUGUGAUGGUGAGUCUGAGAUUGUAUCUCCACAUCUUCACCUGUGUGUCCCUGGUGUGGACGCCGCACGCGUUCCCAGACAAGGCCACCAGCCCGCUAAACAAAGAGACCGACUGGGAGAGCAUCAAGGCCUUCUGUGAACAGCUCAACAAUGAAUUCGAGGGCCCCCAGCUGGCUACCAGGCUUUUGGCCCACAAGAUCCAGUCACCACAGGAGUGGGAGGCCAUGCAAGCCCUGACGGUGCUGGAAACCUGCAUGAAGAAUUGUGGCAAGAGAUUUCACAGCGAGGUGGGGAAGUUCCGCUUCCUUAAUGAGCUCAUCAAGGUGGUGUCUCCCAAGUAUCUGGGCACCAGGGCCCCAGAACCAGUGAAAAAGAAGGUGUUGGAGAUCAUGUACAGCUGGACAGUGGGUUUGCCAAAUGAGACCAAAAUCUCUGAUGCCUAUCAGAUGUUGAAGAAACAGGGCAUUGUUAAACAAGAUCCUGUCCUUCCUGAUGAUAAACCCCUCCCGCCUCCUCCACCUAGGCCUAAAAAUGCGAUUUUUGAAGAUGAAGAGAAGUCAAAGAUGUUGUCUCGCCUGCUGAAUAGUACUCAUCCUGAAGACCUGAGAGCAGCCAACAAGCUCAUCAAAGAGAUGGUGCAGGAGGACCAGAAGCGCAUGGAAAAGGUGUCCAAGCGAGUCAACGCCAUACAAGAGGUGAAGGAGAGUGUCAGCCUGCUGACUCAGCUGCUGGCAGACUACAACCAGGAUGGGGGCUCACAGAACAACGAGGAGCUCAUCAAGGAUUUGUACCAGCGCUGUGAAAAAAUGAGGCCGACACUCUUCCGGUUGGCCAGCGACACAGAGGACAAUGACGAGGCCCUUGCGGAGAUCCUGCAGGCCAACGACAGCCUGACCCAGGUUAUCAACCUGUACCGGCAGCGGGUGAAGGGCGAGGAGGUGAACGGGGACGGGGCUGCCACUCCACAGCUUACAGGAAAAAGCACUGCUCUUCUCGACCUGACAGGACUAGACACUUCAUCUCCAGCUGCACCCUCUUACCCAGAGGCCCCGAUUCGGCCACAUGGCCAGCCGCCUCUUCCCCAGGAAGUGGGAAUCAGCCUUCUUGACGAUGAACUCAUGUCUCUAGGUCUGAAUGAGGUCAGUCCCUCGCAUCCAGGAGACAGCACUGCUUGGAACUGCUUCCAGUCCUCGGACAGCCUGGACGCAGGCCUCCCAUCAACUUCCGGAACAGUACUGAAGCCCGCAGUAGCCAUUCCCUCGCAAGCCACACCCUCAUCGGGGAGCAAGGCCCUGGAGGAGCUGGAUCUGCUGGGCAAGGCACUUCUGCAGCAAUCGCUGCCUCCUGAGAGCCAGCAGGUGAAAUGGGACAAGCAGCAGUCUCAGUCGAAGCCCACCCUCCGAGAUCUCCAGCACAAGUCCAGCACAAACCCGAUCCCGAGUGGAGCUUUUGCUGGUGAACAUCCUGGGGGUCUCCUCAACUCCAUGCCCAGUCUGGGAGCCUCUCUGUCUAUGAUGCCACCUGCUCCCACUGCCCCUGCAGACAUCUCCCUGGCCAGUGUCACUAUACCUCUGGAGUCCAUCAAGCCCAGCAGCUUGUUGCCAGUGACCGUGUUUGACCGCCACAGUCUGCGGGUGCUCUUCCAUUUUGCACAUGACUCCCCUCCCUCUCGGCCGGAUGUACUGGUGGUAGUCAUUUCCAUGCUGUCCUCAGCCCCCGUCCCAGUCACCAACAUCCGCUUCCAGGCUGCUGUUCCUAAGGUAAUGAAGGUGAAGCUGCAGCCCCCCUCUGGGACUGAGCUGCCAGCCUUUAAUCCCAUCCUCCCCCCAGCAGCCAUCACUCAGGUGUUGCUGCUGGCCAACCCCAGCAAGGAGAAGGUGCGAUUGAGAUACAAGCUGACUUUUACCCUGGGUGAAGAGUCUCACGAUGAAACCGGUGAUGUAGAACAGUUUCCCCCACCAGACACAUGGGGGAAUCUUUAGAAGGAUGGACCAGCUGCCUGUCACAUGACCCAAUGCUUCUCACAUAUCCUGCCCUUGCACUACAGUGCUGUCAUCUCCUCAUCUAUCUCCAAAACCUUUUUUUUUUAAAUUAUUUCCAAUGCAACUCA